AUGGCUGAGUACGAAGCUUGUAUUCUUGGCAUCAGAAUGGCUCUCGACAUGAACAUUCAAGAAUUAUUGAUAAUUGGUUUAAAAGAACAACCAGCGCAUUGUUUACAUGUGGAAAAGGAAUCGGAUGGAAAUCCAUGGUAUAUCGAUGUGAAAAGGAGGACUCCUGAUCUGGGAUUACUAAGAUGUGUGGAUGAUGUAGAAGCCACAAAAUUGCUCGAAGAAGUGCACGCUGGAGUGUGUGGGAUGCAUAUAAAUGGGUUUACAUUAGCAAAUAAAAUAUUAAGGGCAGGAUACUUCUGGAUGACUAUGGAAAAUGAUUGUGUUCGAUUUGUCCAAAGAUGUCAUAAAUGUCAGGGCAUGGAUGUUAUUGGACCAAUUGAGCCUGCGGCCUCCAAUGGUCAUAGGUUUAUUUUGGUCGCCAUUGAUUAUUUCACGAAGUGGGUCAAAGUUGCUUCCUAUAAAGCUGUGACGAAGAAAGUUGUGACUGAUUUUGUUUGCAAUAAUUUGAUAUGUCGUUUUGGAGUUCCUGAGUCUCUCAUCACGGACAAUGGUGCAAAUCUUAACAGUCAUUUGAUGAAAGAUAUAUGUGAACAAUUCAAAAUUACCCACCGUAAUUCAACUGCAUAUCAUCCUCAAAUGAAUGGAGCUGUGGAAGCUGCCAAUAAGAACAUCAAGAGGAUAUUGAGAAAGAUGAUUGACAACUACAAAUGUUGGCAUGAAAAUUUGCCGUAUGCCUUGCUAGGUUAUCGCACCACAAUUCGAACUUCAACUGGAGCAACUCCAUAUUUGUUAUUAUACGAAACAGAGGCAGUGAUACCGGCUGAAGUUGAGAUACCGUCUUUGAGGAUUAUUCAGGAAGCUGGAUUGAGCGAUGCCGAAUGGGUUCGUGAUCGAUAUGAGCAGUUAACAUUGAUUGAUGAGAAAAGAAUGUGUGUUGUUUGUCACGGCUAG